AUGGGGAAAGGCUUUCUCUUCAGCUGCGUGACCGUGGCUUUGCUCAUUCAGCUGUCCACCGCUGGCCUGGUCAAGAAGGUGAUCCGCCACCGCAGAGAGGCUCUGAUGCCUAAGAGAACCCAAGAGAACCUCACACUGCCCGACCCUGACCAGCCGGUUGUGUUUAAUCAUGUCUACAACAUCAACGUACCCUCUACGUCUCUCUGCUCCGUGGACCUCGACUCACCUGGAGGCACCGAGCUCAAACACAAGAACAGCCCGAUGGACAUGCAGAACACCGAGCAUAUGGAGCACACGGUGGAUGGUGACAAUCAGAUCGUUUUCACCCACCGCAUCAAUAUCCCCAAGCAGGCGUGUGGCUGUAACAACCAGCUGCCAGACAUCAAAGAUAUCCUGAACAGGCUGGAGAUGCUGGAGUCAGAGCUGUCUAGUCUGAGAGAGCAGUGCGGCACUGGGGCAGGCUGCUGUGGGACUCAAGUUACAGGUGAAGUGACCACAAAGCCCUAUUGUAAUGGCCGUGGGAACUGGAGUGCUGACACCUGCAGCUGUGUAUGCGAGCCUGGAUGGAAGGGCCCCAACUGCACCGAACCUGAGUGCCCCAACGACUGCCAGGACCAGGGCCGCUGUGUGGAUGGAAAAUGUGAAUGCUUUGAGGGCUUUGGUGGAGACGACUGCGGUAUUGAGCUUUGCCUGCUGAACUGCGGCGACUAUGGCCACUGUGUCGAAGGGUCCUGCCUCUGUGAGGAGGGCUUCAUCGGUGAGGACUGCUCCAUGACCAAUUGCCUCAACAACUGCCUAGGCCGUGGACGUUGUGAGGACGAUGAGUGUGUUUGCGACGAGCCUUGGACAGGCUUUGACUGCUCCGAACUCAUCUGUCCAAAUGACUGCUACGACCGUGGACGCUGUAUCAAUGGUACCUGCUACUGUGAGGAAGGCUUCACUGGAGAAGACUGUGGCGAGCUCACUUGUCCUGGCAACUGUAACAGCCGUGGCAUGUGUGUGAAUGGCCACUGUGUGUGUCAGACCGGCUACAGUGGAGAGGACUGCUCGAAGAUCACUUGUCCCGACAACUGCAACGAGAGAGGCCAUUGCUUCAAUGGAAAGUGCAUCUGUGAUCCAGGAUUUGAGGGUGAAGAUUGCUCCAUUCUCUCAUGCCCCGACAACUGCAGCAACAGGGGCCAGUGCAUCAACGGAGAAUGUGUAUGUGACAUAGGAUACCAAGGUGAGGACUGUAGCGAGCUCUCCUGCCCCAACAAUUGCCAAGACCGUGGUCAAUGCGUUGAUGGGCAGUGCGUAUGCAAAAAAGGCUUUGCCGGGGAGGACUGCAGCAUCAAGACCUGUCCAAAAGACUGCAUGGGACGUGGGGAGUGUGUGGACGGCAAAUGUGUUUGCUUCGUCGGCUUCAUGGGUAAAGACUGCGGCGAGCUCACCUGCCCCAAUGACUGUCUGGACCGUGGCCACUGCGUCAACGGGCAAUGUGUUUGUCAUAAAGGUUUCACUGGUGAGGACUGCAGUGAGAAGACGUGUCCCAAAAACUGUCUCGACAGAGGUUACUGUGUCGAUGGCAACUGUGUGUGCUAUGAAGGUUUCACCGGGCCAGACUGCUCCAUACUGACCUGCCCAGGGGACUGCCAGAACCAGGGACGCUGUGAGAAUGGAGCGUGUGUCUGUGAUGAGGGCUUCAUUGGGGAGGACUGCUCUGAGGUAUCACCACCCAAAGACCUAACGGUGGUAGUGGUCACCCCAGAGACGGUGGAUGUCUCCUGGGAGAAUGAGAUGCGUGUAACAGAGUAUCUGGUCACCUACAUGCCCACGGCCACUGGAGGUCUGGAGCUGGACAUGCGGGUGCCUGGGGACCAGAAGAUGGCCACUAUUCGGGAGCUUGAACCUGGUGUGGAGUACCUGAUAAGCGUCUAUGCUGUUCUCAACAACAAGAAGAGCGUUCCUGUCAGUGCUAGAGUGUCAACACAUCUUCCUGAGCCUGAGGGACUCAAGUUCAAGUCAGUUCGGGAGACAUCAGUGGAGGUGCAGUGGGACCCAUUGGACAUUCCCUUUGAUGGCUGGAACCUCAUCUUCAGAAACACUAAAGAGGAGGAUGGUGAGAUUCUUAACUCCCUCGGCCGUCCCGAGACCACCUUUGAGCAGUCAGGCCUGGGGCCCGGCCAGGAGUACGAGGUCAAACUGGAGGUGGUGAAGAACAACAAGCGUGGACCGCCUGCCUCCAAGAACGUCAUCACAAGGAUUGAUGCCCCCAGCCAGAUGGAUGUACGUGAUGUGACCGACACCACUGCACUGGUGACCUGGUUCCAGCCUGUGGCCGAGGUGGACGGGGUCACCGUCUCGUACGGGCCCAGUUCCAGCCCUGCUGAUCGCAAGGUGGUUGAGCUGUCCUCUACUGACACCCAAUACCACCUGGGAGGCCUUGCCCCUGACACCCAGUACGAGAUAUCUCUGACGGCUCGGAAGGGAGGACUGACCAGCAUUCCUGUUUACGAGUCAUUCCUCACAGACCUGGAUGCUCCAAGAGACCUGCAGACAGUUGAGCUGACAGACGAGAGUAUCACUCUUGAGUGGAAAAACAGCCUGGCUCGGGUGGACAACUACCGCAUCAAGUACGGACCUCUGUCUGGAGGCGAGCAUGGAGAGCUGCUUUUCCCCCCGGGACCCAAAGACACUACACAGGCCAAGAUCACUGGCCUGAGACCUGGCACAGAGUACGGGAUGGGAGUGACAGCAGUGAAGGAUGAACGGGAGAGUCUGCCGACGACCACCAACGCAGUGACUGCCCUGGAUGCUCCCAAGGACUUGACCGUUACAGAGGUGACAGAGACCACCAUGAUCCUGGAGUGGACGCGCCCCCUGGCCAAACUGGACUCCUACAGACUGGUCUAUGUUUCAGCUGACGGCCACAGGGCUGAGGACGUUGUCCCAGGCAGCUCCGAGGCUCACACCCUGAGGGGCCUGACACCCGGCAUGCUGUACACCAUCAGCAUCAUCGCAGAGAGAGGCCGCAGGACCAGUGCGCCAGCCACCAUCUCAGCACCCACAGAGGAGGAGAAACCCAUGGUGACCAACGUCACCAUCAGCGAAGUUACGUGGGACAGCCUCAUCCUGUCCUGGUCUGCUGACGAUGGGGUGUUCGAGGCCUUUUUGAUCGAGGUUUCCGAUGCAGAGUCGGGCACUGAGUGGCAAAACCACACGGUGGCCGCCGAUGCACGCAGCCUCACCAUCUUUGGCCUCAUGCCCUCCACCUGGUACAGAGCCAAUCUGUACGGGAUGUACAAGGGCGCCCUCUUAGACCCUGUCUUUGCAGACACUAUCACAGAGACCGAACCAGAGGUGCAGGCUCUCCUUGUCUCCGACAUCACCCCUGAGAGCUUUAAGCUGGCCUGGGUGGCUGAAGAGGACACUUUCGACACAUUCGUUAUAAUGGUCAGCGAGUCCGAGGGCACAGGCCAGCCACGAGAGCUGGUGCUGGGCGAAGAGGAGCGAAACGCAGAGAUGACAGAGCUCACUGAGGACACGGAGUACAAUAUUGAAAUCUUUGGGAUCGUUUUGGGAAGACGCUCCAAGUCUGUAAAGGAGCGGGUGAUAACAGACCUGGGUUCACCCAAGGGCAUCCGCUUCUCUGAUGUCACUGACACGUCCGCCACUGUUCACUGGGUGGUUUCAAGAGCUCGGGUGGACAGCUACCGGGUCACUUAUGUGCCUGCUCAUGGAGGAAAUGCUAAGACUCUGACCGUGGAUGGCUCUGAGUCUCAGAUUAUGUUGCCCAACCUGACGCCCGGGGUCACCUACGAGGUCACUGUCGUUGCUCUCAAGGGUCAAAGGGAGAGCGAGCCCGGGUCUGACAGCGUCACCACAGCUCUGGAUAAACCCCGCGGUCUGACUGCAAUCAACAUCACUGACACUGAAGCUCUGUUGCUCUGGCAGCCCGCCAUCGCUACUGUUGAUGGCUACGUCAUCACCUACAGUGCAGACUCAGUGGCUCCAGUGAUGGAGCGUGUGUCAGGAAACGUGGUGGAGUUUGAGAUGGGCUCUCUGACGCCAGCCACGCAUUACACCGUGAAGGUCUACGCAGUGAGGGACUUGGCCAAGAGCGCAGCCACUACCACUGAGUUUACCACCGAUGUGGACGCCCCUCAGGACCUGGCAGCCAGUAACAUCCAGACGGAGACCGGCAUGCUGACCUGGAGGCCGCCUCGCGCUGACAUCACCGGGUACAUCCUCAGCUUUGAGUCGGCAGACGGCACCGUCCGGGAGGUGGUCUUGAGUCCCACUGCUGUCUCUUAUAACAUGGUUCAGCUCAGCGCCUCCACAGAGUACUCAGUCAAGCUGCAAGCCAUUGCUGGUCCCAAGAGAAGCAGAGUCAUCACCACUGUCUUCACCACCACUGGUGUGUUGUACAGACACCCUAGGGACUGCUCCCAGGCCCUGUUGAAUGGCGAUACCUCAUCAGGUCUGUACACCAUCUAUCUGACUGGAGAUGAGAGCCAGCCCAUCCAGGUCUACUGCGACAUGAGCACCGAUGGAGGCGGAUGGAUCAUUUUCCUCAGACGCCAGAGUGGAAAACUGGAGUUCUUCCGCAACUGGAAGAAUUACACCGGGGGCUUCGGGGACAUGAAUGAUGAAUUCUGGCUGGGUCUGUCCAACCUGCAUAAGAUCACAGCCGGAGGUCAGUAUGAGCUGCGAGUCGACCUGAGAGAUAAGGGAGAAACAGCCUACGCUCAGUACGACAAGUUCUCCAUCUCUGAACCUCGGACACGUUACAAGGUUCAUGUAGGAGGAUACAGUGGAACAGCAGGUGACUCAAUGACCUACCACCACGGUCGUCCAUUCUCCACUUAUGACCACGACAAUGACAUCGCUGUCACCAACUGUGCCCUGUCCUAUAAGGGCGCAUUCUGGUAUAAAAACUGCCACCGUGUCAACCUCAUGGGACGAUAUGGAGAUAACAGUCACAGCAAGGGUGUCAACUGGUUCCACUGGAAAGGCCACGAGCACUCGAUUGAGUUUGCCGAGAUGAAGAUUAGACCAUCUAACUUCAGAAACCUGGAGGGAAGGAGGAAACGAUCAUAA